UAAUGAACAUACAUGAGAGGGUAUAAAUGUUAUUUUGUCAACUAAUUAACACCGUUAACUUCACCAUCCAAAGUAGGAGCAAAACAAGCUUUCAGUUUAAAAAGUGAGGGUAAAAACGAAAACCCUAAAAAGUAGGGGUAAAAUCAAUAUUAGACAUUAAAGUGGGGGCAGAAACGAGAUUGUCCCAAUAAGAAAGGUACUAAUAAUAGUAUAUCUGUUUAUAUGCAGUAGUAGAACAAACCGGGCCUAAAAGGGACACUCGGCUUAAAUUCUUCAGGACAAGCCCAAAAGUAACCCAAACAGUUGAUGGGCCUCGCCCCUACUCCAGGCUCACUAAAGCCACGUUCCUUUUCCAUCUCGCGCAAUAGGCCUCACCGAGAAACCCACGCGUGUCGAUUCGUUCGAGCGGCGCCACGGUGUUCGUCGCGCAGCGCAUGCUCCACCUGAUCAGCUGAUGAUGUCGUGCACUCGUGCUAGACACCGUCUCCGCUUCGAUCCCCCAAUUUUGGGGCUCGCGCGACAGCUGCGCUGCGUUCACGCCCGGGCCGCAGAAAAUUCACCGGCCUUACCGUGCGCAGGCGCGUCACGAUCGGUGUUCCUCUGCCUUCCCCGCCUCGUGUGGUUUCCCGUCCCCGUCGGUGCGCGAGGCUCGCGGCGCGCGGGGUGGGGGCGUCUCUUCACUUAUAUAAUUAGGCGCGCGCGGCAGCGGCGAGCGCAAGCACACCCCCCGCGCGCGCGCGCGUUUCGUUCGAACGAUCGAUGCGCCCCGGAGCACACGGCACGCACCCGCGCCGCGAGAGAAGAGGAAACCAAGCGAUGCCGUCGGCCCGUGACACUAACAUGGACUUGAUGGAAGUCCUCUCGCCGCCGGCCGCCGCACGGGAUCAUCAGAAGAGCCAGGUUCGUGUCCAGAGGAGCCUCUCAAGCUCUUCUGGGGUGUUUCAGGGAUCUCUCACGUUUCUCUUUGUGGAAAAAAAAACUAGGCAAAAAAAGGGUUUGCCUAAUGUAGUAAAGCAGGGGGAGUUUGAAAGGGCUCUCUCUCACGUUGGGUAAGCUUGCCACCCGGCCCCCCCAGGUGCACGCCGCCGCGCGUGCGCUACCGCACCAAAGCGCCAGCGUUGUCGUGGACGGACGCAUGCCGCCGCCGGCCGCCGUCGCAAGCCUGACGUUACAAGUUCCCGGAGGAGCUCACGAUGUCACUUCUCUGGCUACUAGUCCAAGGACCAUGGCCGUGCCUGGAACGACUGAACAGCUGACGAUUUUCUACUCCGGGUCUAUGGUGAAGUUCGACAACGUCCCAAGGGAGAAGGCUGAGGAGGUUAUAUUCUUCGCUGCAAAGAAGUCUCCAGACGCAGGACACCAGCAUGUUCCCCAGCAGCAGCAGCCUGCAUAUCCAAACAAAAAGAAGAGGAUAUUCUGUUAUCAGGCUCCUGAGAGAGAUGCUGAUGGUUUGUUCAUCCACGAGAACAAAGCCGAUGCUUGUUCACAGCGACAGCAUCGGAGCCCAGAGGACGGGUACGCCACCAUCAAGGAGACGAAUCCAUGCUCGCGGCAAAUCCAGAUCGUGCCAAGAGCAGAUGUCUCAUUGCUGGUGAAGAAUGCGUCUCUUGUUAGCUUCCUGGAGAGCCGCAAGCAGAGGUUGGCGAGUGCAGCUUACACUCGCCGUGAGAAAUCUCCUGAUGAAAAGGACAUUUUUCCUACGGCUUUCCCACGAAAUAAAACCCCACUCGGCAACACGGAACGGCAUAGUGCUUUCACGAACCUGAAGAAUAUUAACGGAAAUCAUGACGAGGAGGCACUAGAUACCGAGUUGAAGAUCUAGCCGCGAAGUUUUGGAUUCAGUUUGCGGCACGGGAACCUCUUGCUAAUCAAGCACAAGUUUUGGACUCAGUAGGUGGAGUGAUGAACUAAGUAGAAACCUAGUGGUGCAUUUGGUAGCAAGAGCCUUUUUUUUUCUUAUUUUAAUUCUGAAUUUCUGAUGAGGUUUUUUAAGUGCAGUAGUGAUGUUCACUCGCAGUUUCAUAUGAAACCGAGGCAUCGUCACCCUUUUCUUCUUCUCAUUGACGGGAGAAAAGGUUUUCGGAUUCGUUCGGAUUGUUGCCUCUGAUUACAUUGAUCAGAUUGCACGGUCCUUUUUGUAACUGAGGAUAGCUGAAAUAAAAUACUAUUUUGUUUAA